AUGGAGCAUAUUGGAAAUCAAACUGCUGAAGGAAGAGAAUUUGUUUUCCUAGGCUACUCCAACUUCCCUGAUCCCCAAGCUUUGUUCUUUAUCCUGUUUCUCACUAUGUAUAUCACUACCUUGCUUGGAAAUGGACUUAUCCUGACCACCACAUGGCUGGAUGUUGGCCUUCAAACUCCCAUGUACUUUUUUAUCCGGCACCUAUCAUUCCUCAACAUUUGUUACACAUCUGUUACGCUACCCCACUUGCUUAAGAAUCUUUUGGCAGAGACAAAGACUAUUUCCAUCCAGGGCUGCCUGGCCCAACUAUACUUUCUUGUGGCUUUUGUAGGAGUUGAGUGUCUCCUUCUGGCCACGAUGGCCUAUGACCGAUACAUCGCCAUCUGUUAUCCCCUCAGUUAUGGAGUCAUCAUGAAUAGUAAAGUGUGUAGUGGAAUGGCAGUGGCCUCCUGGGGUUGUGGUUUUCUCAAUUCAAUCCUACACACUGUCAUGACGGCCCAACUCCCCUUCUGUGCUUCUCAUAGCCUUGAACAUAUUUUCUGCGAUGUCCCCCAGCUCCUCAAGCUGUCUUGUGUGGACACUUUCCCUAAUCAAAUGAUACUGCUGGCAGUGACCAUGAUCCUUGGGAUCAGUCCCUUUUUUUGCAUCAUGGUUUCUUAUGCCCACAUUGUAAUGGCAGUCUUGAAGAUCCGCUCCACCCAAGGCCGCCACAAAGCCUUCUCCACCUGUACCUCACACCUCACUGUGGUCACCUUGUUUUAUGCCACCUGCAUGUUCAAUUACAACAGGCCCAGCAGCAGCCAUUCUCUCUUUAUGGACACCUUGGCUUCAGUGCUCUACUGUGUGGUAACACCAGUGCUGAACCCUAUUAUAUACUGUCUGAGGAACAAAGAAAUGAAGAAAGCUGUGAGGAGGGUAUUCAACCUUGAAAGAGCCUCUUCCAUCUAG